AUGGACAUCUUUUGCCGUAAUGUGCCUAUCCAUAUCAAGAAACACCACUUGAAAAAGGAGCUCACCCCUAUUCUCGCUGGCUUCGACAUUCUGGCCUUUGAAUGCCGUGUGCACGCAAAUGGAGGCCAUGCAACCAUCACCAUUUCAGAUAUUGACAAAGCUACUCGGUUUUUGACGAGAUAUCAACAAAAAAAGGGUACGCAAAAGAAGGGCCAGCAAAAACCCCCACACCAGCAGCUCAUGAUAUUUGGAACAACCAUCUUCGUCGAGGAGGGGAGGUACAAGCCAGAUUCUUUUCUUCUAUCCUCACUCCAAAACGAAGAGACCGAGCGUCGAAGCCGCCCACGUCGUCCAAUAUCUGUAAGCGGUGGCUCCGCUGUGCAUGUCAAAAAGAUUUUCCCUAUCUUUUAUUUGUCAUGCGGUCGCUUUAAUUUUUCAGACACCGGUCCUAUCUUCAUCGAGCGUUGGAAAAUGGCAAGCAGUGGGCACGUCAAAUUCGGCCUGACCAAGUUGACUGUCAUCAUAACUCAGGACAUGUAUAGCAAUUUGAAACUCGAUUUCAACUAUUUGGCCUUUGACGAUUGCAUAUACCUGGGCGACUCUAGGAUGCCAUCCAUUACGUUUUCCUCAUAUAACUCUCCGCAUAUGUACAAUGUGCCUUUUCCAGCUUUGCCGCCACAUCCAAAAGCCGCUCGUUUCAUGGCCAAUCCCCGGCCUGCCGAGAAGAAAAAGACUAGGCUAGGCUUUCUUAACCCUGAUCACAGAAUGGUUGUGUCUUCCUGCUUUGUUUAUCGUGUUGUACUCACAAAUAUAUCCGACCUAUCACUUAUUCCCAGUCUCUCCAGAAACCGCAACAUUCCCUCAAUCGAGAGGUGGAAUGACACGCUCUUCAAUCCAGGUGUGCCUUAUGCCACGCAACUACAGGGAUUUCUCGUCACUCUCUCCGAGCAGCCCUUCUCUUUUAUCAUCAAAUUUCAGCUUCAAAUGCUCGUGUGGAAUGGUGAACUUCCAAUUAUGACGGUCGUCCAGCUUUUUCCCUGCUUAAAAGAGCUUCUAUCUCGACGUAAAGACGAGUAUGUCGCCAAAAUCAUCAAAGAAAUUCCCAGGAGACUAGUCCAUCCAACACCUCACGCAGACAUUGCCGAUGUGGGAUUGGACAGUAUUGUCAAGAUGCUACACGAAAUCGAAGACUCUCAUGCGCUCGACUAUUUCAAGCCCGGGCAUCCCGGCUAUCUCCAUCAGAAUCAAGUCGAAAUCCAUAGAGCCAGUGUGACCCCCUCAGGCAUAUAUCUUGACGGCCCGAAUCCAGAAGCACAGAACCGUGUCUUGAGAAAGUACUCUGCAUACAGUAGUUACUUUCUUCGUGUGAGAUUCAUUGAAGAGUCAGGAGAUAUGGUGAUGUAUGACAUGUCGUCAAACCUGGAUAAGAUCUUCCAAGGCCGCUUCCGUGAAGUCUUGAGGGACGGUAUCAUUAUUGCUGGCCGCCACUAUGUCUUCCUUGGAUUCUCCCAUUCUUCUUUGAGGUCACGAACCUGUUGGUUUAUGGCACCUUUCGAAGACCGCGGCGAGACCAUCACAGUCAGCAAGCUGAUUCCCAGGUUGGGGGAUUUCAGCCACAUCAGGUCACCCGCCAAACUUGCUGCAAGGCUAGGCCAGACCUUUUCCGACACGCUAACAUCAAUCCCCAUAGAAAAGAAGGUGGUGAAAAAGCUCCCCGAUGUGGAAAGGAAUGGAAGGGUUUUCAGUGAUGGCUGUGGAACUAUUUCCAAAGAGAUUCUCCGGAGGAUUUACCGUGAUUACCCCCGCCACGCAACAGUUUGCCCGACCGUCUUCCAAGUUCGAUUUUCUGGUGCCAAAGGAAUGCUGUCUCUGGAUAGCUCCCUAAAAGGCAAUAAGAUUUUCCUACGAGACUCGAUGAUUAAAUUCGAGGCUGGGCAAGAUUCCAAUAUUGAGAUCUGUGGCUCCGGAAUUGAAAAACUUCCAUGCUAUUUGAAUGCACCUCUAAUCAAGAUUCUAGAGGAUCUCGGAGUUGCUCGAGACGUAUUUCUUGAAUUGCAACGAGAAGAAGUCGAGUCUCUUCGUGCAGUUGUUCAGUCUCCACGGCAAGUGGCAGGUUUCCUCGAACAGUCCCAUAUUUCAAAGUCAACACGCUUGCCAUGGUUAGUCUCGGUCUUGAAAGGGUUGAACUUGCGUUACGUGCAAGAUCCUUUUCUGAAGAGGACAAUUGAGCUGGCCUUGGUUAUGAAACUACGAGAUCUCAAGUACAAAGCCAGAAUUCGCAUACCAAAGGCGGUUACGCUUUAUGGCAUCAUGGAUGAGACUGGUAUCUUGAACGAAGGAGAGAUAUUUGUUCCUGUUAUGAACGAGCGCUCUCGCAGGGAGGUUUUGGUUCGUAAAAAUGUAAUCAUCACCCGGUCACCUGCGUUUCACCCGGGCGAUGUGCAACUAGCAAAUGCUGUGGACGUUCCUGAAGACUCUCCGCUUCGCCAACUACACAACUGUGUUGUUUUCAGUCAGAAGGGGUCUAGAGAUCUUCCGAGUCAACUUAGUGGAGGUGACCUGGAUGGCGAUUUGUUCAACCUCAUAUAUGACGAUCGAUUUCGACUCCAGCGAAUCGAAAGCCCGGCAGACUACCCUCGGGUUGCCGGUGUUGUCCUCGAUAGGCCGGUAACCAUGGAUGAUAUACAAGAUUUCUUCAUAACGUUCAUGCAGCAAGAUCAAUUGGGCCGGAUUGCCAACACUCAUAAAGUCUUCGCAGAUUGUCGUCCUGACGGGACACUCGACCCCGAUUGCUUGACCCUUGCCCAACUACAUUCUACAGCUGUCGACUUUUCAAAGACAGGCACACCGGUCGAUGUAACUAAAAUUCCCCGGAACCCUCCUUAUCGGCCAGACUUCAUGGCGCCGGGGCCCCGUGUCCGUGUUGCCGAGAGCAUCGAGGUACUCGAAAAAGAGGAUAGGUACAUGCAGGAAGAUGAGGAAGACGACGAAGACGCCCGACCCCUCCUGCACUAUUACAAGAGUUUACGUGUUCUGGGAUUUCUAUACCGGAUGAUUGAUGAAAAAGAGUUUCUUCAAGAUUUGCAAAAGGUCCCAGAGGCGCGUCAGCCAGCAGUUAAUGUGCUCCAGCGUUUGUGGGAGUAUAUUGCGCGAGAGACGACAGGGUUUAUUUGGGAGCACAACAAGGACCAUGGGUAUUAUGUUAGGGACAUCUAUGAGGACGGCCUUCAGGAUAUCAUGUACUGCUAUUCGGACUCGCCAUGGAAGACUCCAUUGACCGAGGAGGAAGUGUUCAUUGGCAAUAUCAUGGGAAGCAACCACAAGCAGACAACGCACCAGAAGGAGUCGUCAAGAACGAUGAGAGAGGCAUACGACGAACUGGUCAAGUGGACCAUGUCGUUGAUCACAGGCAAAGGAACAGAUAAAGGGCCAGAGUCACUGGAACUGUCCAUUGCAUGUUUCUGGGCGGCUUUGAAUGAUAAAAAAGGAUCGUUUGUGCCUUCCCAGGGGAAACUGCACAGUUUUCCAUGGAUUGCGGCGAUUGCUUGUAUCCAAGAAGUAGAUAGGUUAGUAACAGUUUGA